UUUUCAGACUGUGUCUUUGAUGGAGUCAUGUACGAAGAAGGAUACCUAAUCCCUGAUCAGUGUUACGACAUUGUUUGCUCAGGAGGACAAUGGAAAGAAAAAGGAUUAAACAGGCGAGCUGUAGCAAGUGUGCAAUAUUCAUGGAUCCUCACAUUCAAACGUUCGAUAAUGACUUGCUUACAUUGACCACAAAGUGUAACUACUCCCUUGUGCAACCCGGUUUUAGUUUCUCUCCUGACUUCGCUGUUUAUACACAGUUUGACUCUUGCUUUAAUAUCGGGUCCUGCCUAGGCCACAUUACCUAUGUGGACAAUGCCAACACCGUUAUAUCACGCGAUAUUGUUGGCUGGACAGACGAUAUGACGCUUAACGUGAACGGCGAGGACUACUCUCUCCUGAACUACCCGACCCCCGUGACAGCAGGCAGCACCCCGCACCCUGUCCUGGCAUGGAGCAAGGGCAACAGCAUUCGCCUUAUCGGUUCCAGCAAAGUUGCAAUGCAGAUACACAGGACCGUGACGUUUGUUUACAUCCACGAGAGUGUAACUGACCUCUACGGCCUCUGCGGCACAGAAGACAGCUCCUCCGACUAUGUUGAUCGUUCAGGAACAAUUUCCACACCUGGCGCGUUCUACGGUUCUUGGAAGACACAAACGCAACAGGCUUCUUGCACUUCUCGUCGAAAGAAGAGGGCAACUACAGCGGAUGGCGAGUGUACAGUCGACGCCAGCAAAACGGAGUCAUUUAACAGCAGCUGCACCACUGUCGUCUUUUCCACAUCGUAUCUAAACAAUUCAGUACCUGACGUGUCCUCCGAGAAUCUGAUUAAUGCCUGUGUGUUCGAUCUGUGCAUGGUGUACAUGAACACGAGCGAUGAUCAAGCUGUUUUAGAUUAUUUGAACUCCGAUGUCGUUGAUACAGUGCAAGCCUUCAUCUUAACGACUAUAAAUGUCACUACAUCGUCGACUGCCUCACCCACAUCCACCUUAGAAUCUACAACAAGUGCGCCCACGACCUCAGCUUCGAAAGCAAGUACUUCUGCAACCCCGGCCCCAUUAACAAGCAGGUACCCUUGCAACACCGGUCCAGUUAACAGCUACAGAAUUAACUGCAGCUACAACACCAUUCCAAAUGCUAUAGAAUUAGGCAACACUAAAACACCAUUCCCACCAACUACAAAAUUACGUCAUUCCCUUCAACAGCUACCGAAAACUACUAUUCCAUUUACCACAUCGACUUUAAUUCGUGAAGCAAGUACUGUUAUAGGCACAAGUAUUAUUUUAGUUACCACAACUUCAGUUCCUGAAACAAACUGUACUUCAACAACCACAAUUUCAGUUCCUGAAACAAUUAGCACGACUUCAGCUCCUGAAACAAGUACUAAUAAAGUAAUUUUCAACGGCAGUACCUCUUCGGUUACUACAACUCCACUUCCUGAAACAACCACUGCUUCAGUUACUACGACUCCACUUCCUGAAACAAGCACUGCUUCAGUUACUACGACUCUACUUCCCACUGCUUCAGUUACUACGACUCCACUUCCUGAAACAAGCACUGCUUCAGGGACGACGUACGUCUUCAGUACGUCUUCAGGUACUACAACUCCAGUUCCUGAAACAAGCACUGCUUCAGUUACUACGACUCCAGUACUACGACUCCAGUUCCUGAAACAAGCACUGCUUCAGUUGCUACGACGCUACUUCCUGAAACAAUACGUCUUCAGCACUGAUUCAGUUACUACGACGCUACUUCCUGAAACAAGUACGUCUUCAGGUACUACGACUCCAGUUCCUGAAACAAGCACUGCUUCAGUUGCUACGACGCUACUUCCUGAAACAAGUACUACGACUCCAGUUCCUGAAACAAGCACUGCUACAGUUACUACGACGCUACUUCCUGAAACAACUUCAGUUACUACAACUACACUUCCUGAAACUAGUACGUCUUCAGUUACUACAACUCCACUUCCUGAAACAAGUACGUCUUCAGGUACUACAACUCCACUCCCUGAAACAAGUACUACGACUCCACUUCCUGAAACAAGCACAGCUUCAGUUACUACAACACCAUUUAGUGAAACAAACACUGCUUCAGGUACCACGACUCCACAUCCUGAAACAAGCACUUCUUCAUUUACUACAACUUCACUUCCUGAAACAAGUACUACGACUCCACAUCCUGAAACAAGCACAGCUUCAGUUACUACAACACCAUUUAGUGAAACAAACACUGCUUCAGGUACUACGACUCCACAUCCUGAAACAAGUACUUCUUCAUUUACUACAACUUCACUUCCUGAAACAAGUACUACAACUCCACUUCGUGAAACCAGUACGUCUUCAGAUACUACGACUUCACUUCCUGAAACAAUCACUGCUUCAUUUACUACGACUCCACUUCCUGAAACAAGCACUGUUUUAGUUACUACAACUCCAAGUCCUGAAACAAGCACUGCUUUAGUUACUACAACUCCAAGUCCUGAUACAAGCACUGCUUCAUUUACUACAACUUCAUUACCUGAAACAAGUACUACGACUCCACUUUCUAAAACUAGUACUGCAUCAGAUACUAAACCUCCACUUCCUGAGAAAAGUACUGCUUUAGAUACUUUAACUCCACUUCCUGAAACAAGUACUGCUUCAGGUACUACAACCCCACUUUCUGAAAUAAGUGCUACGGUUAAAACUCCAUUUCAUGAAACAAACUUUAGUUACUACAACUCCGAAAACAAGUACUGCUUCAGGUACUACAAGUCCACCUCCUGA